UGCGACUCAACAAAGACCACCACACCACACCUUCCGACACAUAUCCACAAACAACACCAGCUUCACCAAGAAGUCCUUUCAACACAUCCACAGAUAUCAUGUCUUCCGCCGAGGGUGAGCAGAGCGUCAAGCUCGUGUCUUCCGACAACGUUGAGAUCGUCACUCAGCGCAAGGUUGCUGAGCGCUCCAUGCUCAUCAAGAACAUGAUCGAGGACCUCGGCGCCCCAGGCGAAGAGCCCAUCCCAAUCAUGAACGUCUCCGAGGCCGUCCUUCGCAAGGUUCUCGAGUGGUGCGAGCACCACAAGAACGACCCAGCCCCAUCACAAGACGAUGACGCCGACUCCCGCAAGAAGACGACUGACAUCGAGGACUGGGACCAAAAGUUCAUGCAGGUCGACCAGGAGAUGCUCUUCGAGAUCAUCCUCGCUGCCAACUACAUGGACAUCAAGGCACUCCUCGAUGUCGGCUGCAAGACUGUGGCCAACAUGAUCAAGGGCAAGUCUCCAGAGGAGAUUAGGAAGACAUUCAACAUCCAGAAUGACUUCACCCCCGAAGAGGAGGACCAGAUCCGCCGCGAGAACGAGUGGGCCGAGGAUCGCUAAGCGACAUCUCGCCCUUUUACCAUCAUCAUUUAUCGCGACAUCCCACGACCCUCCUAUCUUACUUCAUCACUCGAAAGUCGCAAUAUCCACCCACAUCGAACUUGGCAUAAGCGGCUGGUCUUUUGGCGAUGGACAUGCUGCAAGGCGUUCGGCGCUUACUGGGAUGGAAAUUUUCAUGACAUGAUACGACGACAUUGCCGCACGCAGCUGGUUGCGUCUGGGGGGUUAACUGCCGGUGGCCAUGCAUAAGACGUGCUGCACUAUAUAGCGCGACGGCGCUGGAGCUGUUGAAUAGACAGCCGAAUGACAAAAACUACAAAACU